AUGUGCACUGGAUUUACUCUUCUUUUUACCGCCUUUCAAACGGGAAGUCAAGUCUCCGAGUUGGUCUUUUCGAGCUACGACAAGCAGCACGGAACAUCCAUCAACGCAUACUACGGCGCUGUUGUUUUGUACAUUGUCUUCGCGAUGGCAAACUGGAUCUCGCCCUCGAUCAUUUCCCUGCUCGGCUCCAAACUUGCUCUAAUCGCCGGUGCCGCUUGCUUCGUCCUGUAUCUCUCCAUGUUCCUCUACCCCUCCAACGCGGUGCUCUAUCUCUACUCGACUUUGAUCGGCUUCGGCGCGGCUACGCUUUGGACAGCGCAAGGAAACCUGAUGGUCAGCUACUCAAGGAAGGACACGAUGGACCGAAACGCAAACAUCGCCUGGGGAUUCCAGCAGACCGCGAUGAUCAUCGGACCGCUCUAUACAUCACGAAACGAACCCUUCAAUCUUUCACAAGCUCUGGAAGCUUUCAAGAACGCGUUUCGAAUCGCCACUACUCGUCAAAUGGGUCUUCUCAUGGUCACUCAAGCUUAUACAGACCCGGGGUCUGCAUGCAGAACCUACGCGCCCUACAUCCCCUUUUACGUCCUGGCAUUUCCUACGUCUGUUGGCUCGACAGAAGCACUGCCAGAUCCAAAAUCACUCGUUGGGAUAGCCGGUCUCAUGAUCGGAACUGGAGAAGUUUCGGGCGCAAUCGGCUGGGGAAUCGUCAACAAAUGGGCAAAAAUGUGGGGUAGAGGCAUUGUGAUCAUCUCUUCUACUUUUUGCCACCUUGCUGCUUUUGUCAUCCUAUUUCUCUGUAUUCCAGAUGAUGCUCCCUUUGGAAAGAAUACUACUGAGCCAACAUACAUUCCACCGACGGAGGCGCUCAUUUGCAUCACUGGAGUUCUCAUCGGCAUUGGCGAUUCGGGCUUCAACACGCAAAUAAUGGGCAUUCUCGGGCAACUCUAUCCCGAAGACUCUGCGCCAGCCUUUGCCCUGUAUAAAUUCUCACAGAGCUUUACCGCUGCAAUCGGCUUCUUCUACUCUUCUGUUCUGACUCUUCCAUGGCAAAUUCUCAUUCAAGCGCAGGAAUACGCGGACAGAUGUUCUCAUCUUUACGGCCACUUGGCCUCGAAGAAACAAUUGCUCAAGUGGCCUGUUAGAUGGUCAAAGAUUUCGGACGAAAUCAAGGAGCUAGAUUCCGAUGUUUUAUGCUUGCAAGAAGUACAAUGCUCGAGCUACGAAAACGAAGUUAGGAGAAGUUUGAAAUCCAGUCCAAUCUGGUGCCUCAAUUCACUACCUUUUCUCGAGCGAAUGCGUUACAACUGUCGUUAUCUCCAGAAACGGAACCUCCCGGACGGUUCUCUCAUCGCCUUCAAAGAGGGAAUCUUCAAGAAAGUGCUGGCGAAAGAGAUUCACAUGUGGCACCCGGAUAAAUGUCCGACUGGACAGAUUGGCCUUCUUGUCUUGCUCCAACAUCUCAAAAGUGGGAAGAUGAUUUUGGUGAGCACCACGCAUCUAGUUUUCAACCCGUAUAGAGGCGAUUGGAAACUGAAGCAAAUAAUGGAAAUUUUGGCGGAAAUGCAUGAGAUCAUUCGGCAAUACGGUCAGAAACCCGCGGUCGUUCUGUGCGGCGAUUUCAACUCCCAGCCUCAUAGUUCUUUGGUGCAGUUCUUGCUCAAGAAAAAGUUUGAUCUAAGUGGAAUUCGCGCUCGUGACAUCGCCCAGCAAGACUUCGACUUUAGUAGUCGCUUUAAUUACUACGGACGAAGACAUAGCCACGUUGGAAGAGAGGAGGUUGAUGAAGAUUUUCUUUCGACGACGGGUCUUCAAAAGAACUCCACGAUUGAACAAAAGCCGCAAUCUGCUACUCCUGAGAGCGCAGAAACAAACGAUGAUCAACCAAGUUCCAUCAUUUCGCAUCAAAUUGACUUGAAAAAUGCUUACGAAGGAGCAGAAGACUUCAAAACCGCAGUAACUUCUGAUGAAGCUGUACAUGUCGACUACAUUCUGUACGGAAGCGAAGAGCUAAGAGUUCUCAGCCGCCGCGAGCUUCCACCGACUCCGACGCCGAUUCCAAACGAAAAUGACGGUUCGGAUCACCAUUCAUUAUCUGUCGAGUUCCAUUUCAAAUCAUAA